AUGUCUGCAAAUUUAAGUUCGCAUUUAGAUGGAUCAGAGACACAUCUUGAAGGAGGUCAACCCACCACGGCAUGGAAUGUGACACAAGCCUUCGCUUACUACAUAAUGAUUCUGCUCUCCUUGAUCGGUAACACAGUGGUUAUCAAGUCCAUUAAAAGGACUGGAAUAACUCUCCGAAGGCAAGUACACUAUAUAUUCAUCGUAAACUUGUCUGUAGCAGAUCUUCUCUUCGCCUUAGAGAACAUUCCCAUGGUCUGCACUCAUCUGCUACUCAAUGGAGCAUGGAAAAUUGAAGGCAACGUGGGUACCUUUUUGUGUCGGUUUGAUCUUUUCUUAUCCAUCAUUCUUAUUUUGGUCUCAAAUUUGACCAUUCUGGCGAUCGCUUUCGAGAAAUUUUGUGGUAUAGUUUUUCCAAUGAAGACGUUUGUCUCAAGAAAACGAUCUUAUGUAAUUGUUGGGUCCACGUGGCUAAUCGGUGCGCUCUACGCCUCUCCGUUGUUUUCAUCUGGCUUUGCCAAACUUAAAAACUAUCCCGACGGAAAUUAUCGAUGUGAUCUUUGCAUCACGUGCGAAAAGGUUGUUAAUUGGUUUAUUUUACAAACAGCAGUCCUGGCGACUGGAUUCGUAAUAACUCUGAUUCUUUAUUCAGCAAUUGGUGUGAAAAUAUGGCUUCGAAAAACCCCUGGAUUUCAAUUGCGCGAAUUCCAACGAAGAGCUGAAGUUAAGAAACACAGAGCAAUGAAAAUGCUGGCAAUGUUGGUAGUCGUAUUUUACAUAUCCUUCAUACCAUUUUGGAUUUACCAGCUUUCAAUAUAUCUCAGCUUCCACAAAAUCCUUGGUCCAAAGUACGGUCAAAUUUCAGCAUUCCUCAUGUACUGUAACGGGGCCAUCAAUCCGCUCAUUUACAGUAUUUAUAAUUUGGACAUUCGUGGUGAGUUUAAGGCCUUGCUUACGUGUAAAAAACCAACAGAGAGGCCAAGAAGCUUUAUGACAAUACAAACAAGAAGGCAAACUGAAACGGCUGCAGAACUAACUGUGAAGAACAAAGUUUGUCCGUGUUACAAGAUACAUCAAGAAGUCACCGGCACGAAAAACGACGGAUUUAUUUGCGAGGACACACGUUUGUGA